UAUUUUACCAAAGAGCCCCAGGUCUAGUCCGGUCCUGGUCAAGAGGACACCGUCUCCUACCUCAUCUGUGGAAAUGGGCAGUUUUGGAGAUCCUGUCUCACCUUUCUCGUCAUCCAUGCCGUUGUCACCAUCAGCUCUGGUAAAUGGUACCCCUGACUCUCCCGGUUCUGGGGAUUCCCCUUUUCCAAGAGAGCAUAGAAGAGCAGCCCAUUUGUCUGCUGAGCAGAAGCGGAGGUGUAACCUCAAGACUGGCUUUGACAUGCUUCAGCAGCUAGUUCCGUCCAUAUCGCAGAAUCCUAAAGUCAGCAAAGCCACCAUGCUGCAGAAAACUGCUGAGUACUGUAAAAAGUUGAAAUCUGAGAGGUCACAGAUGCAUAAAGAAGCUGCCAUUUUGAAACAGGAAAUCGAUUCGCAGCUUCCAGAAACUGGUGUGCCGGUUACCAGACAACGUAAAGAUAUGAUGAAAGACAUAUUUGACGAAUAUGUCAGGUCGCGAACGGUUGAAAACAGCAAAUUUUGGAUUUUUUCCAUGCUGAUGAGCUCUCUCUGCGAGUCCUACUGCAGUACAGUAUCCACAUCCAGCAUGGAGGAGUUGUGCCGGACAACCCUCACUUGGCUGGACCAGUCAUGUUCAUUAGUUAAUCUCAGGCCAAGUGUACUAAAUGCUUUAAGGCAGUUGAGCACCAGUACGCCAAUACUGACAGAACCUCAGAGGAUGAAGGAGCAUGCACUGCAGGUAGUCUCUAGGAAAGGAAAGGUGCAGCGGAGCAGCAACAUGUCGGCCAGAUAG